GGGCGAGGAUGAUGCGGUAGCUGAAAUGCACGACUAACCUGGCAGCUGCAUAAUUUUGCCAACCCCCAAUCCCAAUCCCAAUCCCAUACAUAUAUAUGGUUGAAAAAAACAUAAAAAUGAAUAGAGAUGGCGAGUGAUGCAUCUCUGAACAAAGGGGCGUGGAGUGUGGAUGAAGAUACGACUCUGGCCCAAUACGUCGCCCUUCACGGCCCCAAGAGGUGGAAAUCUGUGGCCAUCAAAUCAGGCCUCAACAGGUGCGGUAAGAGUUGCAGGUUGAGAUGGCUCAACUAUCUUAGACCUGAUAUCAAAAGAGGCAACUUCUCCGAUGCUGAAGAGGACUUGAUUCUUAGGUUACAUAGGCUCCUAGGAAAUAAGUGGUCGUUGAUCGCCAAGAGAAUCCCUGGGCGGACUGACAACGAGAUCAAGAACUACUGGAAUGCUCACUUGAGGAAGAAAGCCAUGUUGAUGGACAAGUUACCCGCAAUCUCAACCGCAGCAAUGAAGCAAAACAAUAUUUGGAAUGAAACGGACGAAACCGGAGGCGACGAUGAAUCCUUGGACGUCUCUGCCUCUGGGUUGGAUUGGGUUAAAAGUUUUCUUGAACUCGACGAGGAUGAAUGAACGAUGCUGCAAUUCAUCACCAGCUGUAGACACUCAGUUUUAGCAUACGGUACAGUAUGUCACAAUCCAAUAAUUAAUGUUCAAGUAGAAGAAUGGAAAGGGAAUGAAAUCAAAUAAAAGAGUGAAAUUGUAACAAUAAUCAUUACUUUUAUUGAGUGUUUGGUUUAACUUUGGAAAUGAAUCAUUAAUAAGAGAUUCUCUUUCUUUGUUUCCCCUCUAUUUUGAGGGGUAAUAAA